AUGGCGCCUAAGCAUAUGUUCCUCCUCUCUUGUCUUGUAAUUCUAGCAGCCCUGCAUGGAAUCCAUGCAGUUGAAUUCGAAGUCAUCAACAACGCAGAAAGCAGCGCUGGUGGCAUCCGCUUCACAAAUGAAAUUGGUACCGAACGCAGCAUGUUGGCGCUAAGCGUCUCCACCUAUUUCAUAUGGGAUCUCUUCCAGCAGAACACCGAACAAGACAGAAAGGACGUGCAGAAAGUGACGUUGAUAAUUGAUAAUAUGGACGGAGUUGCCUAUACUGCCAACGACGAGAUUCACUUUAAUGCCAACUAUAUCGGAAACUACGCCGGCGACCUGACGAUGGAAUUCACUGGGAUCAUUUACCAUGAGAUGACACACAUUUGGCAGUGGAAUGGUGAUGGACAGGCGCCAAGAGGACUAACAGAGGGAAUUGCAGAUUUUGUAAGGUUAUCGGCUGAUUUUGCCCCCAGCCACUGGGUGCAACCCGGCGAGGGUGAGAGAUGGGACCAGGGUUACGAUGUGACUGCUCGGUUUUUGGACUACUGCAACUGUCUUAGCAGUGGUUUUGUUGCAGAACUCAACAAGAAGAUGGGAAGUGACUACAGUGAAGACUUCUUUGUUGAGCUACUUGGGAAGACAGUUGAUGAGCUCUGGAGUGACUAUAAGGAUAUGUAUGGAAAAAACUAGCCAUUUUGUAUGAAUAUGUUUUUGGGAUUAUUGCUUGAAGUUGUUCUUUG